CCCCCCCGCCUUCCCCCCCACCCCCGGCCCCCCAUUCAAGAAGCCGCUGCGAUAUCCCCGUCAGCACAGGGCGCCCAGCGCGCCUCGGAGCGCACAUCCCGCGCCUUCUCCUGCCCGCUCCCUGGACAUUAUGCAGCCAAGCAGUCCAGUCCCAAUCCUCCACCUAUUGCUUCUCCGACUCCUCCUGCGGCUGGAGCCGCUAGACUCUCGGCAGGCGGCGGCGUUGCUCAGCAGAGUUCAGACAGGACCCUCUCGGCGAGACCUCAGCGACUCCUAAAGUCAAAAGUUGGAGGAGGCGGGCGCUGGACUGUGUGCGCUCUGCCGGGCCGCUGCCUCGCGUCGCCGCUGCAGCCCAGGAGGGCAGGAGGGAGGGGAGUGGGGGUAGCGGGGGGGAGGGGUGGGGAGCACCAUGCAGUUUGUAUCCUGGGCCACACUGCUAACGCUCCUGGUGCGGGACCUGGCCGAGAUGCGGAGCCCAGACGCCGCGACGGCCGUGCGCAAGGACAGGCUGCACCCGAGGCAAGUGAAAUUAUUAGAGAACCUGAGCGAGUAUGAGGUUGCGUCUCCCAUUCGCGUGAACGCGCUCGGAGAACCUUUUCCCGCGAACCUGCACUUCAAAAGAAGGCGACGGAGCAUUCAGCCGGCCUCUGACCCCUGGCCUGACUUCGCCUCCUCUUCCUCCUCUACCUCCUCCCAGGCGCACUACCGCCUCUCCGCUUUCGGCCAGCAGUUCCUAUUUAAUCUCACCGCCCAUGCCGGAUUUAUCGCACCACAGUUCACUGUCACCCUCCUCGGGGAGCCCGGGAGAAACCAAACACAGUUUUAUUCCGAGGAGGAAUCCGAACUCAAGCACUGUUUCUACAGAGGCCAUGUCAACACCAAGUACGAGCACACGGCCGUCAUCAGCCUCUGCUCGGGAAUGCUGGGCACAUUCCGGUCCCAUGAUGGGGAUUAUUUUAUUGAACCACUACUGUAUGUUGAUGAACAAGAAGAUGAAGAGGUGCAACACAAACCCCACAUUAUUUAUAGACAUGGCAUCUCUGAUAGACAGCCCUCAAUGGAAAGGCAUACAUGUGACACUCCAGAACACAGCAGUAAUCCCAGCAAAGACAAGAGGAAAACAAGAAAGUGGGGAGGAAGAAGUAGCCUGGCUGAUGAUGUGUCUGUAUUAAAGAGCAGCUUAACGACAAAGGCACUUUCUGACUAUACAAAUGAGACUGACAGCAUGAGGGGAAAAAGGGCCCACAGAAGAGCAAAACGUUUUUUAUCCUAUCCACGGUUUGUAGAAGUGAUGGUGGUGGCAGACAACAAAAUGUUUUUAUACCAUGGAGCAAACCUUGAACACUAUAUUUUAACUUUAAUGUCAAUUGUAGCCUCUAUCUAUAAAGAACCAAGUAUUGGAAAUUUAAUUAAUAUUGUUAUUGUGAACUUAGUUGUGAUUCAUAAUGAACAGGAAGGACCUUCUAUAUCUUUCAAUGCCCAGACAACUUUAAGAAAUUUUUGCCAGUGGCAGCACUCGAAGAACUAUCCAGGUGGAAUCCAGCAUGACACUGCUGUUCUAGUAACUAGACAGGAUAUCUGCAGAGCUCAUGACAAAUGUGACACCUUAGGUCUUGCUGAACUUGGAACCAUUUGUGAUCCCUACAGAAGCUGUUCCAUUAGUGAAGACAGUGGUUUGAGUACAGCUUUCACAAUAGCCCAUGAGCUGGGCCACGUGUUUAACAUGCCUCAUGAUGACAGCAAUAAAUGCAAAGAAGAAGGAGUAAAGAGUACCCAGCAUGUCAUGGCUCCAACAUUGAACUUCUAUACCAAUCCCUGGAUGUGGUCCAAGUGCAGUCGAAAAUACAUCACUGAUUUUUUAGACACUGGUUAUGGUGAAUGUUUGCUUAAUGAACCUGAACACAGACCCUACUACUUCCCUUCCCAACUGCCAGGAGUCCUUUAUAGUGUGAAUAAACAAUGUGAAUUGAUUUUUGGACCAGGUUCUCAGGUGUGCCCAUAUAUGAUGCAGUGUAGACGACUCUGGUGCAACAAUAUGGAUGGAACACACAAAGGCUGCAGGACUCAGCACACACCUUGGGCAGAUGGAACCGAGUGUGAACCUGGAAAGCACUGCAAGUUUGGAUUUUGUGUUCCCAAAGAAAUGGAGCCCCCUGUGACUGAUGGAUCCUGGGGAAGUUGGAGUCCCUUUGGAGCCUGCUCAAGAACCUGUGGAGGGGGCAUCAGAACGACUGUUCGGGAGUGCAACAGACCAGAGCCAAAAAAUGGUGGAAAGUACUGCAUAGGUCGUAGGAUGAAAUUUAAGUCCUGCAACACAGAGCCAUGUCCCAAGCAGAAGCGAGACUUCCGAGAGGAACAGUGUGCUCACUUUGACGGGAAGCACUUUAACAUCAACGGUCUUCAUUCAAAUGUGCGCUGGGUCCCAAAAUACAGUGGAAUUCUGAUGAAGGACCGCUGCAAGUUGUUUUGCAGAGUGGCAGGGAACACAGCCUACUACCAGCUACGAGACAGAGUAAUAGAUGGAACUCCCUGUAGCCAAGACACAAAUGAUAUCUGUGUCCAAGGUCUUUGCCGGCAAGCCGGAUGUGAUCAUGUUCUAAAUUCAAAAGCCCGGAGAGAUAAAUGUGGGAUUUGUGGUGGUGAUAAUUCUUCAUGCAAAACAGUGGCAGGAACAUUCAAUACUGUACAUUAUGGUUACAACACUGUAGUCCGAAUUCCAGCUGGUGCUACGAAUAUUGAUGUGCGGCAGCACAGUUUCUCAGGGAAAUCAGAAGAUGAUAACUACUUAGCAUUAGCAAGCAGUGAUGGUGAGUUCUUGCUUAAUGGAGAUUUUGUUGUCACAAUGUCAAAAAAGGAAAUUCGUUUUGGGAAUGCCUUGGUAGAGUACAGCGGGUCUGACAAUGCCGUGGAGAGAAUUAACUGCACAGAUCGUAUUGAAAAAGACCUUUUGCUUCAGGUGCUGUCAGUGGGGAAAUUAUACAACCCCGAUGUGCGUUAUUCUUUCAAUGUGCCAAUUGAUGGUGACAAACCCCAGCAAUUCUACUGGAAUAGUCAUGGACCGUGGCAAGCUUGCAGCAAACCCUGCCAAGGGGAGCGGAAACGAAGACCAGUUUGUGUCAGGGAAUCCGAUCAGCUUACAGUUUCUGAUCAAAGAUGUGAUCGGCUGCCCCAGCCAGGACCGGUUACUGAACCUUGCAGCACAGACUGUGACCUAAGGUGGCACGUGGCUGGCAGGAGUGAGUGCAGUGCACAGUGUGGCUUGGGUUACCGGACACUAGACAUCUACUGUGCCAAGUACAGCAGGCUAGAUGGGAGCAUUGAAAGGGUUGAUGACAGUUUUUGUAGCAGUCACCCCAAACCAAACAACCAGGAAAAAUGCUCAGGAGAAUGCAGCACAGGUGGUUGGCACUAUUCUGCUUGGACUGAAUGUUCUAAAAGCUGCGGUGGUGGAACUCAGAGGAGAAGGGCUAUGUGUGUCAACACCCAGAAUGAGUUGCUGGAUGAAAGCAAAUGCAGUCAUCAAGAGAAAGUCACCACUCACAGUUGCAAUGAGUUCCCUUGUCCACAUUGGAAAACAGGAGACUGGUCAGAGUGCUUGGUCACCUGUGGAAAAGGGCAUAAGCACCGCCAGGUCUGGUGUCAGUUUGGUGAAGAUCGAUUAAAUGAUAGAAUGUGUGACCCUGAGACCAAGCCAGCCUCCAUGCAGGCCUGUCAGCAGCCAGAAUGUGCGUCCUGGCAGGCAGGUCCCUGGGGACAGUGCAGUGUCACUUGUGGGCAGGGAUACCAGCUAAGAGCAGUGAAGUGUGUCAUUGGGACUUACAUGUCAGUAGUAGAUGACAGUGAUUGCAAUGCAGCAACUAAACCAACUGAUACCCAGGAUUGUGAAUUACCACCAUGUCACUCUCCUCCAGUUGCUCCGGAUACAGGAAGAAGCAUGCAUGCUGUACCAAGAACCCAGUGGCGAUUUGGGUCUUGGACUCCAUGUUCAGCCACUUGUGGAAAAGGUACCCGGAUGAGAUAUGUCAGCUGUCGGGAUGAGAAUGGAUCUGUGGCUGAUGAGAGUGCCUGUGCAACCCUGUCAAGACCAGUGGCGAAUGAGGAAUGUUCUGUGACCCCCUGUGGGCGAUGGAAAGCAUUGGACUGGAGCCCUUGUUCCGUGACAUGUGGGCAAGGUCGGGCCACCCGCCAAGUACUAUGUGUCAACUACAGUGACCGUGUGAUCGAUCAGAGCGAGUGUGAUCCGGAAUAUAUUCCAGAAACUAAGCAGGACUGUUCCAUGCAGCCCUGCCCUCAAAGGAUCCCAGCUGAUGUCCUUGGUCAGCGCCCUUUCCAAAAUGAGGACUAUCGUCCCAGAAGCACCAGCCCAGGCACCCAUGUGCUUGGUGGAAACCAGUGGAGGACUGGUCCCUGGGGAGCAUGUUCCAGUACCUGUGCUGGUGGGUCCCAGAGAAGAGUUGUUGUGUGUCAGGAUGAAAAUGGAUACACCGCCACUGACUGCGAGGAGAGAAUAAAACCUGAUGAACAGAGAGUCUGCGAGUCUGGCCCGUGUCCUCAAUGGGUUUAUGGCAGGUGGGGAGAGUGUUCUAAGCUGUGUGGUGGAGGCUUGCGAACACGACUUGUGGUUUGUCAGCGGCCCAAUGGUGAACGGUUUCCAGAUUUGAGCUGUGAAAUUCUUGAUAAGCCUCCAGAUCGUGAGCAGUGUAACACACAUACUUGUCCUCAAGACGCUGGAUGGAACACUGGCCCAUGGAGUUCGUGUUCUGUCUCUUGUGGUCGAGGGCAUAAACAACGAAAUGUUUACUGCAUGGCAAAAGAUGGAAGCCAUUUAGAAAGUGAUUACUGUAAACACCUUGCUAAGCCAAGUGGGCACAGAAAGUGCCGAGGAGGAAGAUGCCCCAAAUGGAAGGCUGGCGCUUGGAGUCAGUGCUCUGUGUCCUGUGGCCAUGGUGUGCGGCGGAGGAAUGUGGACUGUCAAAUGGGAACACACAAGAUAUCCAGAGAGUCAGCAUGCAACCCAUACACCAGACCAGAAUCGGAGCGUGCCUGCCAAGCCCUACCAUGUCCUCUCUACGUGUGGAGGGCAGACGAAUGGCAAGAAUGCACCAAGACUUGUGGCACAGGCUCCAGGUACCGCAAGGUGGUGUGUAUGGAUGAGGACAAAGGCAGCGAGGUGCAUGGAGUACAUUGCGACGUGAGCCAACGACCCUCGGACCGAGAGAGCUGUAGUGUGCAACCCUGUGAAUAUAUCUGGAUCACUGGAGAGUGGUCAGAGUGCUCAGUGACCUGUGGAAAGGGCUACAAACAAAGGCUGGUCUCCUGUAGUGAGAUUUACACCGGGAAGGAGAAUUAUGAGUACAGCUACCAAACCACCAUCAACUGUCCGGGCAUGCAGCCCCCCAGCGUCCAGCCCUGCUACCUGAGGGAGUGCCCUGUUUCAGCCGCCUGGAGAGUUGGUAACUGGGGCAGUUGCUCAGUCUCCUGCGGCGUUGGAGUCAUGCACAGAUCUGUGCAAUGUUUAACCAAUGAGGACCAGCCCAGCCACCUGUGCCCCACUGACUCGAAGCCAGAAGAAAGAAAAACUUGCCACAAUACCCACAACUGUGGGUUAGCCCAGAGCUGCAAGGAAGUGAAAAGACUGAAUGCUGUCAGUGAAGAUGGUGAAUAUUUCCUGGUCAUCAAAGGGAAGCCUCUGAAGGUAUUCUGUGCAGGCAUGCAGUCAGACCAUCCCAAAGAGUACAUGACACUGGUAGAUGGUGACUCAGAGAAUUUCUCUGAAGUUUAUGGGCACAGAUUACACAACCCGACAGAAUGUCCCUAUAAUGGGAGCCGGCGUGAUGACUGCCAGUGUCGCAAGGACUACACAGCAGCAGGUUUCUCCAGCUUCCAGAAAAUCAGGAUUGAUCUGGCCACCAUGCAGAUAAUAACCACUGAUUUACAGUUUGCAAGGACAAGAGAAGGGCACCCUGUGCCUUUUGCCACCGCCGGGGACUGCUAUAGCGCCGCCAAGUGCCCACAGGGUCGCUUUAGCAUCAACCUAUAUGGAACCGGGCUGUCAUUAACUGACUCUGCCAGGUGGACCUCCCAAGGGAAUUAUGCAGUGUCGGACAUCAAAAAGUCACCGGAUGGUACCCGAGUCAUAGGGAAGUGUGGUGGUUACUGUGGGAAAUGUACUCCGUCCUCUGGCACUGGCCUAGAGGUUCGAGUUUUAUAGUUAAGGUGCUCUGAAGAGGAAGCCAUUAUGGGAUGGAUGAAGGAUAGUAAUGCAAUACCUCCACCUUACAUUUGGGUGCCUGUGUGUGUGUGUGUGUGUGUGUGUGUGUGCAUGUGUGCAUGUGUGUGUUUGUGUGUGUGUGUUUGUGAACCUGUAUGUCUUUGUGUACAUAUGCAUAUACACAUAUAUACAUACACAUGAACAUAUAUGUGUGUAUAUAUGUGGAAUAUCCUAAUGAUGUAAAGUUUAAUAUUUAUGUUUGAAAUUAUUUAUUGUGAUGUAAUAUUUUUGUACGUAAAAUGAUUCUUUUAUGACUGCCAACUGCAUUACUUUGUCCCUUGCAGUCAGACCACUGCAUUUUACGUACUCUACAUUAUAUGUAGUACUUUGACAGAAGUGAUCCUUCAUUAUCACGGUACACUAUUGUUUACUUUUUAUCUGUAAAUGUUUCAUUGUUACUUUUUUAAAAAUUGUACUUUUUAAGGAAAAAAAAAGAAAGAAAGAAAAACCCAGCUGCCAUCAAGGUGCUACAUAAAUUUUAUAGGGUCUUUUUGGCAUUUUUAGUAAAACAUUGUUAGCCAACAAGUAUUUUAGUGGUGUCACAAAGUAAACCAGCUAUUAAUGAUGUUACGUAUUCAGUUUCAUGUGACCUCUGGGAACAACUACCACCUGGGUGCUAAUAUUGUAUGUAUUUAAGUGCUCUUCAGACUCGCAGGUGUAAACAUUUUUAAGAAAAGGAAAGAAUGGAAGGACAAUUUCCAAUGGACAGAAUCACUUGGACAGACUAAGACCAGCUGUUAUGGACAUGCUGUCUUGGGGAAAGAUUGAGCUCUGUUCUUCCUCUUGAUUUUGUUACUAAUAUGUGUUGCUUCAGUUCACGGUGCCUUGGUCUCUCUGGUGUUAAAUCGAGGUGCUCCUUCCCAAGCAGCUUCAUUGCAGGGAGACACGUGAAAACCCCUCAGCAUUUUUGCCAUGAUAUCCUAAAUGUUUACCAUCUGCAAGACAAAGGAUGCACAGGAGGGAGUUAGCUGCAACAUCCCCAGCACAUUUGAAGAAUAGUCAUCAUCAAGAUUGCCUUGGCAAAAAAAAUAUCGGCUGGGACUCUGAGCCUCAGGCCCUACCUGUGUUUGUGACUGUUACAGAAAUUGUGACUGUUUGUGAGGAGAGAUGAACUUUGGAGUACAAAAUGCCUAAGUCUUUCUGACCUGUUGAUCCACUCUGCAAAUGGAAGUGCUUAAGCUGUGGUCUUUCUCCCCUUCCAACUUCAAGCCACGAUAAAUAUCCCCAAUAGCUCAUGGCAGACUUUUAGUUUGACAAACACUCUCCACUUCCAAAAACCAAAGGGAUUAGGAAAAAAAAAACUGACAGUAUUCUCCUAACAGAUAAACACAUUCCUGCGUGCUUCAGGAUAAGUUAUACUCAGUGUAUGAAUAAGUGUUAUUCCCAAAUAUUAAUACAUUGUGGAAAUAUACUAUGAAUAAAUACCAUGACCCACACCCA